CCACCUAAGCUUACACUACUCUCGAGCCGUCAGAUGCCCCCACAGCUCCAGCUUGCUGUUACCCUCUCCUCAGGUGCAUUCCGCUGCGUGGCCCUGCCUGGCAGUCUGCUCUCAUUUGGAGCUAAAAAGGAAACUAAGUAGAAGAUCAUGGCAAGUUCCGACUGGGGAUACGAUGGCCCUAAUGGUCCUGAACAAUGGGUCAAGCUGUACCCCAUCGCAAAUGGAAGUAAACAGUCUCCUAUCGACAUUAAAACCAGUGAAACCAAACAUGACCCCUCCCUAAAAAGUUUCAGUGUCUCCUACAAUCCAGCCACAGCUAAAGAGAUUGUCAACGUGGGACAUUCCUUCCAUGUGAACUUUGAGGACAGUGAUGACCGAUCAGUGCUGAAAGGCGGUCCUCUCUCUGACAGCUACAGGCUCUGCCAGUUCCAUUUCCACUGGGGCAGCACGGAUGACUAUGGUUCUGAGCACACAGUGGAUGGAGUCAAAUAUUCUGCAGAGCUUCACCUGGUCCACUGGAAUUCUGCAAAGUACUCCAGCCGUGCUGAAGCCAUCUCACAGGCUGAUGGUUUGGCAAUUAUUGGUGUUUUGAUGAAGGUUGGUCAGGCAAACCCAAAACUGCAGAAAGUACUUGAUGCCCUAAGUGCAGUUAAAACUAAGGGUAAAAAGGCCCCAUUCACAAAUUUUGACCCCUCUAUUUUCCUUCCUUCAUCCUCGGAUUACUGGACCUACCCUGGCUCUCUGACUCAUCCUCCUCUCUUUGAGAGUGUCACCUGGCUCGUCUAUAAGGAGAGCAUCAGUGUCAGCUCAGAACAGCUGGCGCAGUUCCGCAGUCUUCUAUCGAAUGUUGAGGGUGGUAAGGCCGUCCCCAUUCAGCACAACAACCGACCACCCCAGCCUCUGAAGGGCAGAACCGUGAGAGCUUCAUUCUGA